AUGGAUAUGCACAAGAUAGAAAAGGUGGCCAAAGGAAUGGCGAACAUGAUCGGCUCGGCGAAGAACAUCCAGACGGAUCUUGGCGGCUUACAGGAAGACGUCCGUCGCAUAGAGUCGUAUCUGUUGGCGAUGCUGGUGAUCAUCUACCUGCUUGGUUCGUUUGUCAUCCUGUCGUUUGUGUUCCGCACCAUGCGCCACUGUGCCAAAAACAAGUACCAACGCGAGACGGACUGCAACGACAAAUGCCCCCAUGACCGUCGCUCGUUUGAGCCCGGUUUUACGGUGGCCCGUAAGGAAGAAGGUAGGAAGAAGAAAGCGAGUGUCGCAGCAUCGGCAGCAACCAACAUUCCCAGCCUGCAGUCGGCCGGCCUCCAACGACCUUGGGCCGCAAAGCGAGCGGUUCCACUGAACGUUAUUCUGCGAAGGAGUAAAAUAAACGGACCUGUUGAGAAGAAGAAAGUCGGUCACGUGCUUCAGCGUCGUCAGACGGUCGUUCUUCAAUCCGCAGUCAACAGGCAGUUUCGCGAGGUCAGCGAAAGUGUAGCUGGCACAGUUUGGACGGACGUCAAGUUGCCAUGGCCAACGAACUUGCUCUCCAACACGCACAUGCAACCGUGGGCCAGAAGAAGUGCCUGUCGCCCAUGGCAAUCGCUCGAGUCAAAUCGCAUGAGGUGCAGGCUGCGGAACGGACUGGCGGGCGACUGCAGCCGUCAUGGGCCACCGUACGGUGCAAUGAAAGAAGCUGCCUGGCCCGAGGGCAAAAAAGGCGCCCCGGAUGCGACCGGUUGCGGUGCGAAACGAGUACCGAGGAGACGGCGCGGAAGAAAGUGGCCGUUGACGGUCAUUCAGCUGCGUAAUUGA